CAGCUCAGUGUGCUACCGAGCGUUCGUCGGAUGAUAUUGCAAAGCAUCUGAGUCGCCGAGUCGCAGCGGUGUGAGCACUUUGCAGAACUGCUUAACAUCAGUCUUUAGUGAUAGCUCGCGCUUCUUGCUCGCACGCUCGAUCGCACGUCGCCGUCGUCGUUGCGUCGUCUUCGUCUUACGUCCCAGGCGUUACGUUGUUUUGGCCGCCGCUAAAAAUCAACACAUGCAAAUUAAGAUCAAAAAAUUACUCAGUUAAAUAAAAUGAAUUGUAACAAUACUACGAAUAUGUAUAUGUAGUGCCAACUGAAAUAGUAGAGUUCAGUCUGUAACACGUCACUGCAAAAAAACUCAAAAGCGGCAAACGAAAGCGGAAAUAAAGAAAUUUACGGCAAGUGCGCGUGCGCAGCCAGGAGUGCCCUCACACAAAGGUGUGGUCACUCCAUAAAAACUCGCAUUCAAAACACAGAAGGCGUAAAAACAGCACCAAAUAAAGUCCCACGGAAAUAUCUCUAGCUAAAUUAAAAUUUAACCAUACUGCAAAACUUUAAAACUUUGUAUUACAAUAAAAAUUAUACAAAAUAUUGCCUCCUUGUGAUAUAUGUACACCCUGCUAUAUGCAAAAACACACAUACUCAAACAACCCAAAAGAUAUAUAUUAAACAUGCUUCACGCUCGCCUAAAGUUCUAAAAGUCAAGUGCAAUUUGAGCAAAAACAGCAACAACUCUAUACGCUCAAGUGACGUUUUAUUGGCGCAAGGUGAACAAAAAAUAAUAGCAAGCAAAUACACGAAAAUACACAAAACCUUAAACGGAAAGUUCACAAUGUUAGGAGACGCAGACCUUAAGUGCGCAACGAAAUAGAAACACUAAGCAAAUAAAUUGGAUUAACUUGAUAGGCUGAUCGGUCAGUAAAAGCAGUUCUUUCGGUUGAGCAACACGGGCUCGGUGAUUCACGAUUACCAUAAUGAUGAAUCAGGAUAAUCCAUAUGCGAUGAAUCAGACGUGCAAGGUGUGUGGAGAGCCGGCGGCUGGAUUCCAUUUCGGAGCCUUUACAUGCGAGGGCUGCAAGUCCUUCUUCGGCCGAUCGUACAACAAUCUGUCGUCGAUAUCCGACUGCAAGAACAACGGCGAGUGCAUCAUCAACAAGAAGAACCGAACCGCCUGCAAGGCGUGCCGUCUGAAGAAGUGCCUCAUGGUGGGCAUGUCGAAGAGUGGAUCCCGAUAUGGUCGUCGCUCCAACUGGUUCAAGAUCCACUGUCUGCUGCAGGAGCAGCAGCAGCAGGCGGUGGCUGCGAUGGCGGCGCACCACAAUAGCCAGCAGGCGGGUGGUGGAAGUUCCGGUGGAUCGGGCGGUGGUCAAGGAAUGCCCAACGGGGUCAAGGGCAUGUCGGGUGUACCCCCACCGGCGGCUGCAGCAGCUGCUCUGGGAAUGCUCGGGCAUCCUGGUGGUUAUCCGGGUCUGUAUGCCGUUGCCAAUGCUGGCGGCUCGUCACGGAGUAAAGAGGAGCUAAUGAUGUUGGGAUUGGAUGGCAGCGUGGAGUACGGCUCCCAUAAACAUCCGGUGGUGGCAUCACCCUCCGUAAGUUCCCCGGAUUCCCACAACUCCGACAGCUCUGUGGAGGUGAGUUCGGUGCGAGGCAACCCACUCCUACACUUGGGCGGAAAAUCCAAUUCGGGAGGAUCUUCAAGUGGUGCCGAUGGCAGUCAUUCGGGAGGAGGAGGAGGAGGAGGAGGAGGAGUGACGCCCGGCAGACCGCCACAGAUGCGCAAGGAUUUGUCGCCAUUCCUGCCGCUGCCCUUCCCAGGCCUAGCAUCAAUGCCCGUGAUGCCACCACCCGCGUUCCUGCCUCCCUCGCACCUACUCUUCCCCGGCUACCACCCCGCCCUGUACUCGCACCACCAGGGCUUGCUGAAGCCAACGCCAGAGCAACAACAGGCAGCGGUGGCUGCGGCGGCCGUGCAACAUCUAUUCAACUCCAGUGGUGCAGGCCAGCGUUUCGCACCGGGCACUUCACCAUUUGCCAACCACCAGCAGCACCACAAGGAAGAGGAUCAGCCAGCACCAGCCAGAAGUCCAAGUACCCAUGCGAACAACAACCACCUGCUAACGAAUGGUGGUGCUGCCGAUGAGCUAACCAAACGCUUCUAUUUAGACGCUGUGCUCAAGUCCCAGCAACAAAGUCCUCCGCCGACCACCAAACUACCGCCACACUCCAAGCAGGAUUACUCAAUUUCAGCUCUGGUCACACCAAACUCGGAAAGUGGCAGGGAGAGAGUGAAAAGUCGCCAGAACGAAGAGGACGACGAGGCGAGAGCGGAUGGAAUUAUUGAUGGCGCCGAGCACGACGAUGAGGAGGAGGAUCUGGUGGUGUCCAUGACGCCACCCCACUCACCCGCUCAACAAGAAGAGCGAACCCCAGCCGGCGAGGAUCCCAGACCCAGUCCCGGUCAAGAUAAUCCCAUUGAUCUGAGCAUGAAGACCACCGGCAGUUCCCUGAGCAGUAAAAGUAGUAGCCCAGAAAUCGAACCAGAAACCGAGAUCUCUAGCGAUGUAGAAAAGAACGAUACAGAUGAUGACGAUGAGGAUCUGAAAGUAACGCCUGAAGAGGAGAUAUCAGUUCGAGAAACGGCUGAUCCGGAGAUAGAGGAAGAUCACUCCAGCACCACAGAGACAGCAAAGACCAGCAUUGAAAAUACCCACAAUAACAACAACAGUAUCAGCAACAACAAUAACAAUAAUAAUAAUAAUAAUAAUAGUAUCCUAAGCGAUAGCGAGGCCAGUGAAACGAUCAAGAGGAAACUGGACGAACUCAUAGAGGCCAGCAGUGAGAAUGGAAAACGUCUGAGGUUGGAAGCCCCCGUCAAAGUGGCCACCUCGAAUGCCUUGGAUCUAACCACUAAGGUCUGAAAACAUCUAAAAAUCUGAAAAAGAAAAUAAAAAACUAAGAAUGCAAAAUGACAGUUAUCAGCUACUGAAGAUCGAUCGAGGCAAUAGAAAAUUAGCCCCCCGCUAAGACACCACCAAAUAAAUACAAAAUAUAGAAAACAAUAAACGCAUGCGAGUUAUAUAAAUAUAUGUUUUCGGGCAGAAAAGUUUGACUCUGAUUAACAAGCGCUAAAUACGAGUUCGUGCCGUUUUGGUUAGAUGUUAUCACAUCGUUUAAAACAACUAACCAAAUUGCCAAAAUAUGCAAAAGUCGAGCGGCCCCCGACGAGCGUUUUGCAUAUGGGGACCGAAAAGUAUAACACAAAUGUUAUCUUUCCAUAAUUUAUGCAGUGAAUUAUAAACAAAUUUUUCGGUUACCCACAAAGCGGCAAGAAUACAAGAUCAGAAAACCAAAAAAAAAAUAAUAAUAAAAUAAAAAAAUAAAAAAAAAACAUAAAUGAAAAGCUAAACAAAUGGUAAAAGAAAAGAAACUGAAACAAAAUAUGCAAAGAAGGCAGCUUAUCUGUAUCGCGAAUGCAUAAUAUCGUAGUGGAAUUUGUAAUCUAUAGGUUUCGUUUUCUUCUAAGCUAUAAACCAUAUAUAAAGUAUAAUGUUAUAUGACUAGCUAUUACUUAGACGUUUCAAAUCCCCCAAGAGUAUUUGUUAGUUUAAAAAACAAUCAUUGUUCUAUAGAAUAAUCAGCGCUGGUAGACAAAUUGUACUCGUUUUGAGGUUCGCCCGAGUUAUUAGUCACAAUUAGCAAAUUUUAAAGGUACGAAAAUCCAUGGAUGUUAAUGUACAUGUAAAGCAAAGCGCACCAAGUUGUAUAGCAAAUAGCAUAAAUUAUUAAUCUUAAUGUUGCAUAAGUAUUUUUCAUUUUCGUGCGAUGAUUUGGUAUGCAGAUCAGGCGAAAUGAUGGCCGAGAAAAUUAUUAUUGAUGUCACCACAAAUAAAUACAAAUAAAUACAAAUAAAUAUCUAGAU